AUGCCCGCCCCCGUCGCCAACCCUGAGUCCGAGACGCGUUACCUCGAUUCGAGACCAGCUUCGAUUCUCUCCCGCACCUCAGCUGACAUCCAGGCCGGUCGCCAGCAGGACGCCUACAUGAAGGAAGUCGUGACCGAGGCGGUGAAGGGUGCGCUCGUCGGUGCCGCUGCCUUCGUGCCCGCCAACUGGGCCCUGAAGCGGCGCUUCCCCUACUACCGCAACCUGCCGCUGCAGGGCAAGGCCUUCCUCGGCCUCCUCUUCGUGGUGCCGUGCGGCACCGUCUUUGCCGAGAAGGCGGGCGAGCACUUCAUCGCGCGCAACCAGUGGCAAGGAGCGGGCAAGGACGAGCUGGACAAGGAGGCGCGUCUGGCCGAGCAGCGCUGGCAGGGCCUCAGCACGACGGACAAGCUGAAGGACUGGGCCGCGCGGCACCAGUACUCGAUCAUCGGCGGGAGCUGGGUCGCGUCCAUGGCGCUCGCGUUCGGCAUCGUCGCGAGGGACAGGUACCAGACCUUCCCGCAGAAGAUUGUGCAGGCGCGUAUGUGGGCGCAGGGGCUCACUGUGGCCGUGCUCGUCGCGUCUGCCGUCGCCGCAGGCGUUAAUGCAAAGGGAGAGAAGCCGAAGAAGCCCGUCGACCACUCGUGGCAGGACAUGCUCGACAUGAACGGAUCCUUGACCAAGGCGGAACGCAUCCAGCUCCAUGCCGCGCGCAAGGCGGGAGAGAAGAUGCAGAAGGAGGAGCAGAAGGAGGAGCACGAGCACGCCAGCUCGGACAAGGCCCACGCCGUCUAA